CACAACAGCCCGUCUGUCGUAUUCGGGUGCCACCCACCGUUGCUCAAGCCUCAAGCCCCAGGACUGCCGGUCGGUUCCUGUGUGGAGAGUGUAACGGCACGGAUCACCUAUUCUGUGGCCCCUGGCCGUUUGUGAACUGGUCCCUGGGACACUGGGACGGGCAGUCUAAUUGACUUGAUCCCGGUUGCUUUACCUGUCCUUGUCCUUCUCGGUCCAAUUAACCUUUCCGAAGCUUCCCUCCUACUACUUCUCGACGAAGACACACGUACACGAAGACACAUACACACAACCCGAUAAACAACGCGUCAAAGACUCGACGGACCAUACCGAGCCAACGCUUCCUCCCCCACGAUACCCUCACAUCGCGAAAGCUACCCAAAUCCAAAGACCCAGCGCCGCCAACAAGAUGGUCUCAACACGAUCCUCCUCCCGCGCCCUCUCAACCGGCCCCGAAGCCUCCCCAACCAUCCCCUCAAAAGCCCGCGCCGUCGUAACCGCCGCAACAACCACGCCCGAAAACAAGUCCACCCCGCAAGGCUGGUCCCACGCGCCGACAUCCCUCACCUGCUUCUGGCUCCUCGUCUCCCUGCCCCUCGUCAUCUGGGACACGGGCUACGUCCUCCUCCGCCCCUGGACGAUGCCCGGCGGCCACCUCCACUGGCCCGUCUGGGCGCCCUACAAGCUCUACGGCGAGGUCGACCACGUGUACGGGUGGAAGGCGUUCAACGCCGGCAACGGCUUCACCUCUGCGCAGGGCGCGCUGAACGCCGUCGAGACGAUCAUGUAUCUCGCCUACUACUGGCUGUACUUCUCGCGGGGACGCGCCGUUGACGGGCCGGCUGGGUUGAAGAAGGUUGUUGGUGGAAAGGCGGGCGCGUUGGCUAUUGUUAUUGGGUUCAGCGCGGCUGUUAUGACGUUGAGCAAGACGGUGUUGUACUGGGCGAAUGAGUACUUCUCUGGCUUUGACAACAUUGGCCACAACCCCCCUCUGGACCUCCUCUUCCUCUGGAUCAUUCCCAACGGCGCAUGGCUCCUCGGCUCAGGCUACAUGAUCCUCUCCAUGGGUGGCGAGAUCGUCGACGGGCUGGCCCUCGCGUCAAAGACGACCAAGACUGAGUAAUAGCCGUUUGCUGGUAUUUGCGACGCAGCGUUGAAAUCUCAGACUCUCGUAUGAUCGCAUCCGCACAGGCACAACCAGGUGCCUUUAUUCUGUGCAUUCAGCGCUGUAAAAAGCGCGAGCAUUGCGCGAGCAUGCCAGCCGUAGAUGGAGGCCCGGAACCUGAGUUGUAAGGCAACGGUAAAUAUAGGACAAGGAUAAAUGGACAUAUGCAGUAAUUUUUGAAAUGAUAACAGC